ACCUCCCCGUCCGCCUGAAUUUUGCCGCAAAGCAAGCUGAAUCGAUACCAUUUCUAUACGCAUAUCAAGAGGCGGUAGAAGAGACAACGAUGUAGCCGUUUGCUGUUCGUUUUCUUUCUUAGCUGUAUGUUGAUUUAGUGUAUACGUGUUUUCUGUUAUGUUUAGCAUUAAUUUCUGUUUCCAUCGCCGCACCCACCAUAUUCAUUUUUUAUUGUGGACUAGCUAGCUAACGUUUGCUGGGAGCUAAUGUUGGCUUGGAGCCGGACAGCAGGUGCAGCGUUAUUUGAACAACAGAGAGCAGCUAGCGACGAGAAAGCAUCAGUGUCGUCUUAAAUCUAUUACGACCUCAGCUAAGAUAAUAUUUUCGGUAUUUUGCUAAUGCUGACUAGCCUCCAAAUUUAUGCCAAUCUUCACCAUCCCGUAGCCUAGUGCGUCUGUUAACGGACGGUAGUAAUCAUGACAGGUGAGAAAAUACGCACCAUGCGAAAGGAUCACAACAAACCAAACAAAAAUGACGAGAUAAUGGACACGUACGAUGAGACCUCCAACGGGACUAUUCCUAACGGUACUAGUAACCUUUUCAAGUCCAACAAGGCUUUUCAGAAAUCAGUCAAAACCUCGGUACUGCAGCAGCAACAGCAGCUUAAUGCAAACAACAUCAACGGUAAUUCAUCAAUCGGCACCAUUGUCAAUGACAACAACAAGAACCCAAUAAUUCUGACAAGUGAGGACUUGGAGUUUCCUGUUCAUGAAUGCGUGUUCAAGGGAGAUGUGCGUCGGCUCUCCUCUCUCAUCAGGACCCAUAGCAUCCUUCAGAAGGAUGUGCAUGGAAACACACCUCUUCACCUGGCUGUGAUGCUGGGCCACAAAGAGUGUGCUCUCCUUCUAUUGGCCCAUAAUGCACCCGUAAAGAUAAAAAAUGCACAGGGAUGGAGUCCUCUAGCAGAAGCCAUCAGCUACGGUGACAGGCAAAUGAUCACAGCAAUACUGCGGAAAUUAAAGCAGCAGUCAAGGGAGAGUGUGGAAGAUAAGAGGCCAAAAUUACUGAAAGCUCUCAGAGAGCUUGGUGACUUUUAUCUGGAGCUGCAUUGGGAUUUUCAGAGCUGGGUGCCUUUGCUGUCCCGGAUGCUGCCAUCGGAUGCCUGUAAAAUCUACAAACAGGGCAUCAAUAUCAGACUUGACACAACUCUCAUUGACUUCACUGAUAUGAAAUGUCAGCGCGGAGAUCUUAGCUUCAUUUUCAACGGCGAUGCUGCGCCUUCCCAGUCCUUUGUUGUUCUGGACAACGAAGCAAAAGUGUACCAAAGAAUACACCACGAGGAGUCAGAGAUGGAAACUGAAGAAGAGGUGGAUAUUCUGAUGAGCAGUGACGUCUACUCUGCAACUCUGUCCACAAAGUCCAUCACUUUCUCUCGUAGUCAGAUUGGCUGGCUCUUCAGAGAGGAUAAAACAGAGAGGGUUGGGAACUUCCUGGCUGACUUCUAUGCAGUGAACGGUCUCGUGCUAGAGUCGAGGAAAAGGCGAGAGCACCUGAGUGAAGAAGACAUCUUGAGGAACAAAGCCAUCAUGGAGAGUUUGAGUAAAGGAGGCAGCAUCAGUGAGCAGAACUUUGAGCCUGUGAGAAGACAGUCCCUCACAGCUCCAGCCCCCAACACCAUUUCUUGGGAAGAGUACAUAACUGCAGAGCACGGAAAGCCUCCUCAUCUCGGCAGAGAGCUUGUGUGCAAGGAAAGCAAGAAGAACUUCAAAGCUACUGUAGCCAUGAGCCAGGAUUUCCCUCUAGGCAUCGAGUCGUUACUAAACGUGUUGGAAGUCAUCGCCCCGUUCAAGCACUUCAACAAACUCAGAGAGUUUGUACAGAUGAAACUUCCACCUGGGUUUCCAGUCAAACUCGACAUCCCCGUCUUCCCCACUAUCACGGCGACUGUCACCUUUCAGGAAUUCCGCUACGACGAAUUUGAAGAUUCUAUUUUCGUCAUCCCUGCUGAAUACAAAGAAGAUCCCAGUCGCUUCCCGGACCUCUGACCUGUAAACACAUCAGACACAAACAGGAAAUGACAAGCGAGUUGGGUAGAGCGGGAGCAGAAAGGGGGAAUCUUGUGUUGUUUUAUUCUGUGUGUAUAUUAGCCGUUAAAAAGAAAAAAAGGGUGGGAGUGGGGGGGGAGGUCUUAUUGGUCAGCCAACGUUCAUUUUGCUGAUUGAUCCAAAGCAAAUCAAUGCAAGCAGAUGUUACAGAGCACCAUCUCACAUAUAGAUGCGUAUCGGCAGUCGUUUUUGUGAAAUGAGUGAUCGCUUUCAUUGUACUCGCUGUACACCAUCUGAGCAGUUAAAUCCGCUGCUCUGUGCUGCUGUUCUCUACUGUGAAAGCUGUCAAACGACAAAGCCCGAACUCUUCAUCGCCACUAUUUUGAUAUCUAUUCUAUCUCGUCAUCUCAAAGGACUGAUAACUGAAUUCUUAUUCUUGAAACUGCACUGGCACCGUCAUCUGUAAAUAAUUCACGUCUCAUCUGUAUUUCACAACAAAAAGAAUCACCAAUAUAGCUAUAUCCUCAAACUGAGCUUAAUAUUCAUUUCUAUAUUAUGUAAUAUAUAUAUAUAUAUAUAUAUAUAUAUAUAUAUAUAUAUAUAUAUAUAUAUAUAUAUAUAUAUAUAUAUAUAUAUAUAUAUAUAUAUAUAAACUCAAAGGAGUAAAACUGUGUAGCAAUACAUUUCCAGUACUUAAGAAUGUUUUUAACCAGCUGGGACAAGGUUUAGCAUAAGAACACAUUCUUAACAGUUCAAUAUCCAAGCCUUUUUCCCUGUGCAGGGCGCAGUCUCCUGUAUUUUCAGGUUAGCUCAUGUUACCUCUCAGCUGUCUCCAUGUUUGUCGUGAUAGUAUGAACUCUGUGCUCAGUGUGAGUGAAUAAUUGUGCUAUAUCGAGGAUUGUUCUAUGUACGUUUGUGUGUGGGAGAACCCAGAUGGGAUAUCAGGUAAACUGUUCUUAGUUUAAUACUGCACUGAUAUUAAGUAUAUUUAAGGCAUGCUAUGGCUGUGUUGGCCUCCUGGAUCACAUGCAUCUUUAAGCUAUAUUCUCUGAGCGUUUCUUAUAUUACCCGCAGACUCACUGGUAUUUAGAUGGAGGAAAAACUGAAAAUUAUAACACUAACACUUUGAAACACCUUUUAGUGCUUUUUUAAAAAUUUCUCUCCAUAAUGGCAGUCUGCCUAUAAUUUUCAGUUAAAUAUAAAUAUACAUAAAUAAAUCCAAGGAGAGGAAACAAAGCUGUGAAGUUGAUAUUGCUGGAUAUCCUGACUGUCCAGAUACGAUAGGAAAAAAUAUGAUCACAGAGUUGUCUCUGGCUUCAGCUAAUAUGUACUGCAACCAUACCUACUUCACAUCCCUUUAAAUAAAGCACCAGCAUCAUGUUUCAACUGACUUUGUGCAAGUAUAAUAAAAAGACUCUCUUCUAUGAGGCUACUAGA